AUGGAGGAUUCUUCGGAAAAUUCAAAUAGAGUUAAGCUUCGAGAUGGGAGAUUCUUAGCUUAUAGAGAAAAUGGAGUUCCAAAGGAAGAAGCCAAAUACAAGAUCAUUCUUGUUCAUGGCUUUGGAAGCUCUAAAGAUAUGAACUUCUCUGCCUCAAAAGAGCUGAUAGAAGAGCUUGGUGUGUAUUUUCUGUUCUACGACCGUUCUGGAUAUGGAGAAUCGGAUUCAAACACCAAGCGUUCUUUGGAAAGCGAAGUUGAUGACAUAGCAGAACUUGCAGAUCAGUUGGAGAUAGGACCUAAGUUUUACCUUAUUGGAAUCUCCUUGGGAUCUUACCCUACUUGGGGUUGCCUUAAACACAUACCUCACAGACUAUCGGGCGUGGCUUUUGUUGCUCCGGUUGUGAAUUAUCGUUGGCCCUCGCUUCCUAAGAAGCUUAUAAAGAAAGAUUACAGGAGAGGUAUUCUCAAAUGGUGUUUGAGGAUAUCUAAAUUUGCACCUGGACUGUUACAUUGGUGGGUUAUUCAAAAGGUCUUCCCAUCAACGAGUUCGGUUCUUGAAAGCAAUCCGGUCUACUUCAACAGCCUCGACAUGGAAGUGCUCAAGCGAAUCACCGGCUUUCCCAUGUUUACUAAGGAUAAACUACAGGAAAGAGAGGUUUUCGAUACUCUAAGGGGCGAUUUUGUGGCUUGUUUCGGGCAAUGGGACUUCGAACCAGCGGAUCUAAGCAUUAGCCAAGAAAGCUCUGUUCACAUCUGGCAUGGUAAAGAAGACAAAGUAGUUCCAUUUCAACUUCAAAGAUGCAUUCUCCAGAAGCAACCUUUGAUCAACUACCACGAAAUCCCUCAAGGCGGACAUCUAAUCGUGCACUACGAUGGCAUUUGCGACUCUAUUCUGCGCGCACUGUUGCUCGGGGAAGAACAAAACCUGUAUAAACCAAUUCUUCAACUCAACGUUUGA